CGGGAGUCAUAAUAUUUUUAAAAUUAAAAAUAAAUCUGUUUCACAAAGUGGUCGUUUCUUUUCCACAUCAAAGAUGGUACAUCCUUUAGACGACCAAACAGUCGAAUCCUUUUCUAUUCCAGGAGCUAAGGUUUUUGACAGAUAUUUUGACUGUCCUUUAGAUUAUUCAAAUGAGACAACAAGCCCUAAAAUUAAGGUCUUUGUUCGACAUCUAAUUCCAGUUGACAAAGUCUCAUCCAUGAAAAAAUUGCCUUUUUUCCUUUACCUUCAGGGUGGUCCUGGUUUUGAAUGCGCUUUACCAGGAAAUGGUACAUCAGGCUGGAUUAAAGUUGCUUUUGAAAAGGGUUAUCAGGUUCUUUUACUUGACCAACGGGGCACAGGAUUUUCAUCUCAAGUUUCUUCUGAAUCACUUGAUAAAUUAUUCAAGACAGAUGAAGAAAAAGCAGAUUAUUUGUCCCAUUUCCGUGCCGAUAGUAUUGUAAGAGAUUGCGAAACCAUUCGUAAGCAAUUAACAGCUGGUAGAUCUGGUACAAAUGAAGAAGAAACUCGUAUUACUUUACUAGGCCAAAGUUUUGGAGGCUUCUGUAUUACAACUUAUCUUUCUUUAUUUCCAAAGUCUAUUCAGAAUGCAUACAUUACAGGUGGAAUUCCUCCAUUAGUUAAUAAUCCAGAUGAAGUAUAUAGAGCUUUAUAUCCUCGUAUAUUAAAAAAGAACAAACUUUAUUACAAAAAAUUUUCUCGAGAUAUGACACGAGUUCGCCAAAUUCAUGCAUAUUUAACAAGCAACAAAGUCACUUUACCCAACGGCGGAAAUCUGUCUUCUCGUCGUUUUCUUCAAUUAGGUUUAUUAUUUGGUGGUGCGGGUGGAUAUGAUACAGUUCAUGGGAUUGUACAAGCUGCUGCAAAUGAUCUUGAUCGUUUAGGAAAAUUAAGCUAUCGUACACUAAACAGGAUUCAAGAAGUCCAAAGCUGGGAUACAAAUGUUAUCUAUGCUAUUUUACAUGAGGCAAUCUAUUGUCAGUCAAAUCAAUCCAGUCGCUGGUCUGCUGAACGCUUAUUAAGUGAGGAACCAUUUGCUACGGAUUUUGAAUGGCGUUUACAGAACUUGAAGGAAGAUCAGCCUGUUUACUUUACUGGAGAAACAAUUUAUCCAUUCAUGUUUGAUGACUUUGCCGAAUUGAGACCACUCAAAAAGGUUGCAAACUUAUUAGCUGAUAAAAGUUGGGGGCAACUUUAUGACACUCAAGUCUUGAAUAAGGUUGAAAAUAUCCAAGUUGCAGGUGUUAGUUAUUACGAUGAUAUGUACGUUGACCUUAAAUUGUCAGAAAAGACAGCUAGUGAAAUUAAUGGUUUUGAACAAUGGAUUACAAAUGAAUAUGCUCACAAUGGUCUCCGGGUGGAUGGUGAAAGGAUUUUAGCUUACUUGAUGAAACUUGCUAGAGGAGAUGAAGCUUAUAAUCGUUAGUAUUUUACUAUUCAAUCUUUUUAGAGAUUACACAAGUUUCUUUACAUGUACUUUUUUAAAUUAACUUUUAAACUGAUGAUGACAUGCUCAAUAAGAUAACAUCUUUUUUUUUGAAAAUAAAGGACUCUGCUCUCAAUUUGAAAAAUAAAAUAAAAUAAAAAAAUAAAGGCGGCUUAUUGCUAUUAGUAAAGAUACUUUCAUUACAUUAUUUCGCACUAGAU